CCACCACCACCACCACGUCCUCCAACACCGUCACCAUACGGGCCGCCUCAACCACCACAAACACCAAGACCUCCACAACCACGUCCUCCGACACCGCCACCGUAUGUACCACCCUCUCCACCACAACCUCCAAGACCUCCAACUCCACCACCAUAUGUGCCACCUUCGCCACCACAACCUCCAAGACCUACUCCUCCUCCGCAAACGCCCAGACCU